GAAGCUUGGGUCCCGCCGCGGUCCGUAGUUGGCGUCCCCAAUAUGGCGGCUUCCCAGGACGUCCACGUCCGAAUCUGUAACCAAGAGAUCGUCAAAUUCGACCUGGAGGUGAAGGCGCUCAUCCAGGAUAUCCGUGAUUGUUCAGGACCUUUAAGUGCGCUUACUGAACUGAACACUAAAGUGAAAGAGAAGUUUCAGCAGUUACGGCACAGAAUCCAGGAGCUUGAGCAGUCAGCUAAGGAGCAAGACAAAGAAUCAGAGAAGCAGCUUCUACUCCAAGAAGUGGAGAAUCACAAGAAGCAGAUGCUCAGCAAUCAGACCUCAUGGAGGAAAGCCAAUCUCACCUGCAAAAUUGCCAUCGACAAUCUAGAGAAAGCAGAGCUUCUCCAAGGAGGAGACCCCUUACGGCAAAGAAAAACCACCAAAGAGAGCCUGGCUCAGACAUCCAGCGCCAUCACAGAGAGCCUCAUGGGGAUCAGCAGGGUGAUGUCGCAGCAGGUCCAGCAGAGCGAGGAGGCCAUGCAGUCUCUAGUCAACUCUUCACGAACUAUCCUUGAUGCAAAUGAAGAAUUUAAGUCCAUGUCGGGGACCAUCCAGCUGGGCCGGAAGCUCAUCACAAAGUAUAACCGCCGAGAGCUGACAGACAAGCUCCUCAUCUUUCUCGCCCUGGCUCUUUUUCUUGCCACAGUCCUCUAUAUUGUGAAAAAGCGCCUCUUUCCAUUUUUGUAAGAUCUGAGAGCUGCCACCUUCAGCUCUUUACUCUCCUGUUUCGUUAUCCAUCCAGGCUUUCAAGGUCCUGCCUCAGCUGCCAAACACAGCCACAUCCCCUCCAUUCUGCUUCUGUUGCUCAGCAGGUCAGAUGGACGGAAACAGCUCCGAGUUUUCACCAAGUAGCUGGCUUGGAAAGGGCAAAGUGAUGGAGACAGAGACGCCUAUGGGACAUAGUGACCCUGAGCUCACCCAACUGUUGAGCACUGUGGGUAACUGCCUACCGGAGCACUUCAAGUCCAGCCUCCAGGGUCUGAUGCUCCUCCCCUCUCCUGAGCCUUAAAUGCUAGGUCUGGUGAAGGGAAGAGAAAAGAGGUUGGAGGAAGGUCAGAAACUCAUGGUCCUUCCUGGAGUAAACGUGAUUGUCUUUGACAGAAUGAAUUGAGCUUGUUUCGUUUCACAAGCUAUCGCUCUGGGAAUUUGCACGCCUCUUUUCCUAACACCCUGGUUUCUAGGGUGUAAGCUUCCAUCAUUCAUGAGUGGGCAGC